AUGAUUAAUCGACUUUACCUCCAGACCGCCUUGCUUUUGAUCCUUGCACGAGGGGUUAUAGCUUCUCCCGUACUCCUUGCAGAAGAUGUAUCAGGAAUACAAUCAGAUAUAGUUGUUAUCGAUGCGCGAUCCCAGAAUGACAGUGGACAAUAUGAAUCUAUUCCGACAAAAUUCGAUUCACAAUAUGAGAAAGAUCAUGAACAAGAACUAGAACAAGAACAAGAACAAGAGACGAUAUACGAUCUAUGUGAGGAAAUCAUACUCCCUCAAUCCAAUGACGAUCCCACCGACUCAGCGGUAGCCGAUCAACUCAUUCACUUGGACGAAGAUCGUGAUCGUGAUCGUGAGCCAAUAUCACAAGGACAGAGAUUAUGUAAAAGACCAUCUAGUGGUUCUUCCUCUUCUUCCUCAUCAAGCAGUAGUAGUAGUAGUGGUGGAAGUAGAGGUGGUUCUUCAUCAAGUUCAGGAUCCAGUUCCGGCUCUAAUUCCGGAUCAAGUGGUUCUAGAGGUGGUACAUCCAGUUCCAACACUGGCUCCGGAUCAGGAUCAGGAUCAGGAUCAAAUAGGAAUAGUGGAACUGCAACUUCAACUGGUAAUAGAGGAGGUACAGGUACGGGUACUACCAAUGAUGGUGAUGCAGAUGGUGAUGGGGCGGCUGAUUCCGGGUCGGGUACUGGGUCUGGAGGAAACACAGUAGCGAAUGGUAGUUCUGGUCAGACCACUGGUGGAAGAGCUACAUCCGUUGGAGGGUCUGCACCUGCUACGACUGUUAGUAAUAGUGGGGGAGCAGCGACGAGUGUGGUGGCUGCUAAUCCAGCUACGAGCUCAAGGAUCAGUAAUGCUAAACGGAACGUUCCCCUAAAAUGUUAUCCGAUAUCUACUGUGAUAGUGAUUACGAUGUAUCUUUUAUCAUAG